GUUGUUUGGAGUCUCAUUUUUUUCUCAAUACAUAUACACAUUGAAAAACAAAUCAUGUCAUCAAAUACUGAGCCCGUAUUCAUCGUAAGUGUGGCCCGAACGCCAAUCGGUUCGUAUCGCGGAUCGUUGACACCACUGUCAGCCCCACAAUUGGGCUCAAUUGCCAUAAAGGGUGCACUGGAAAGGGCCGGCAUUAACGGUGCCGAUGUCGACGAAGUCUACUACGGAAACGUACUGUCGGCCGGUGUUGGCCAGAAUCCGGCCCGACAGGCAUCGCUGGGUGCAGCCAUACCUGUAACUGUACCCUGUACCAAUGUCAACAAGGUUUGUGCAUCGGGUAUGAAAGCCAUUAUGUUGGCCGCACAGUCUAUCAGAUUGGGCGACACCGAUGUGGUGGUAGCCGGCGGUAUGGAAUCCAUGUCCAAUGCACCGUACUAUCAGACACGCGGCGAAACCCCCUACGGAGGUAUUACCCUUAACGAUGGCAUUGUGUUGGACGGAUUGACCGAUGCCUACAGUAAGACUCAUAUGGGUCUGUGCACCGAAGGCUUGGCUGCCAAAUAUGGUGUCACCCGUGAAGCACAGGACCAGUUUGCCAUAGAGAGCUACCGGCGCUGCGCCCGUUCGGCCGGACUGUUCAAAGAGGAGAUCGUACCGGUGCUCAUACCGGGCAAACGCGGCCGACCGGACAUUACGGUCAUCGAAGACGAAGAGUACAAGAAGGUUAACUUUGAUAAGAUUCCCAGUUUGGCGCCGGUAUUCAAAAAGGACGGUACGGGUACUAUAACGGCAGCCAAUGCCAGUUCACUGAACGACGGUGCGGCCGCCUGUGUAUUGAUGUCGGCCAAAGCUUUAACCAAAUUUCGAGCCAAACCGCUGGCCAAAGUGAUUGCCUACGCCGAUGCCGGUGUCCAGCCCGAAGACUUUGGCAUUGCACCUGCCUAUGCCGUACCAAAAGUAUUAGAAAAGGCAGGUCUGGACAAAUCACAGAUCGCUCACUGGGAGUUCAAUGAAGCGUUCAGCGCAGUCGGCUUGGCCAACAUCAAGCACCUGGAGUUGAACCCGGAAAAGGUUAAUCCCAAUGGCGGUGCCGUUGGAUUAGGACAUCCGUUAGGCUGUUCCGGUGCUCGUAUUGUCAACCAUUUGGCGCUACAUCUCAAGCCCAGUGAGUACGGUAUGGCCGCCAUAUGUAACGGCGGUGGCGGUGCGUCAGCUCUGUUGGUACAGAAGCUAUAAUAAACCCACCCCUAGCCCACCCCAACCACCAUAAAGGAGUCCAUUUUGAAAAAUUAGUGCCUAAGUUCUCGAUAUAUGCAAUAUAUUUAUAUAAUUAAGAGGACAGUUAUAUUGUUUUUUAAUAUAUUAAAGGGUUAAAUCUC